AUGACCGAGCUACAAGGCUCGAACGACUUCAACGCUUCUGGAGGUACAGACCCAGAGCCCGCUACGAUUGAAGUCUUUAAGGCAACAGUCGCACAAUUCGUGGAGACUCGCACCGAAAAGUUCUUCGAAGCCUACGCCAACGCCGUCAACACCCGUGCCUUCAGCGAAUCUCCUCUAACAAAAUGGUACGCUCCAUCCAUCGUAACCCGCAGUGAGACUCUCAAAGAAUUCCACGGUGUCCAAGCUAUGGCCGACUGGAUGCGAGAUCUCUUCAUAGCCUUCGAGCGCAUCAACCAUAUCCCUGAGACGUACCUAGAGUAUCGGAAUCCCGACGGGACGGUCACGGUGCAUGCGACAUUUCUGAGGCACUUUUGGUUGAAGGGAAAUAAAGGGGAGGAGCCGGAUUCGAAUACGCCUGUUGCGUGGUUUGCGAAGGUGGAGCCGGCGGAGACAGAGGAUGGUUACGAUGGGUUGCACUGGAAGGAGUUGCAGUUGUUUUGGGAUAAGACGAAGUUGGUGGAGUUGUUUGAGAAAUUGCCGUCAGACAAGUAG